AUGAUCAGCACUCAAUCUCAAUCCCCAUAUUGUUACAACGAUAAAGGCAACUACACCACCAACAGUACCUACAAGACAAACCUCAACACCCUUCUCUCUUCUCUUUCUUCCCCCUCCAACAACGGCAAUGGCUACGGCUUCUACAACUUAUCCUAUGGGGAAAACCCCGACCAGGUUUACGCAAUCGGGCUAUGUCGAGGGGAUGUCACGGUGGACUUUUGCCGUGGCUGCCUCAGCAACGCCACACAACAGAUCACACAGGGCUGUCCCAAUCAAAAGGAAGCUUUCGGCGUAAUUGAACAGUGCACGCUUCGCUACUCCAACCGCUCCAUCUACGGAGCCAUGGAAACUUUCCCUCCUCUCAUGUGGUAUAACGCACAGAACGUGCCCUCCGACGUCGACGGGUUUUCUCAAGAACUGAAUACGCUACUGGAGGACCUAAGGGGUCAAGCUGCAGGAAACGGUUCACUUCGAAAAUUUGCGGUAGGGACCGCAACCUUUCCCAACUUCCAAAAUGUCUAUGGACUUGCGCAGUGUACGCCAGAUUUGACCGAGCAGGUCUGCAGUGAUUGCUUGGGCAGUUCUUUGGCAGAUAUUCCAAAAUUUUUUGAGGGGAAGCAAGGUGCUCUAAUUAGUAAACCCAGCUGUAAUGUUAGGUAUGAGACCUAUCGCUUCGUUAACACUACAACUAUCCGACCAUUGCCGUCUUCUCCGUCGCCACUGUCUAGUCCUCCUCCACCGCCACUGUCUAGUCCUCCUCCCCCGUCAACCAGUACAGGAGGAUCGAAGAGUGACAAAUCUCGAACUGUCAUCAUUAUCGUUGUGCCAAUUGUUGUUUCUGUGGUACUAAUAGUUAUGUUCUUCUGCAUUUGUUUAAGAGUAAGGAGGACAAAGAAAAAACUUGAAACUGGGAAGUUAAUUCCAGGCAACGACGAUACAGAUGAAAUUGGAUCUGCAGAAUCCUUGCAAUUUGACUUGGCCACCAUUAGAGUUUCCACAAAUGACUUUUCUGAAGCAAAUAAACUUGGACAGGGCGGAUUUGGAUCUGUUUACAGGGGUAGGCUUCUCAAUGGAAAUGAUAUAGCUGUAAAAAGGCUCUCUACAAAUUCUGGGCAAGGAGAUUUAGAAUUCAAAAAUGAGGUCUUGUUAGCGGCUAAACUUCAACACCGGAAUUUAGUUAGACUCUUAGGUUUCUGCUUAGAAGGAAGUGAAAGGCUUCUUGUCUAUGAAUUUGUCCCUAAUGCAAGUCUCGAUCACAUCAUAUUUGACCCAACAAAGCGUGCACAACUAGAUUGGGUGAGGCGCUACAAAAUCAUAGUAGGCACUGCUCGAGGCCUCCUUUACCUCCACGAAGACUCUCGCCUUAAAAUUAUUCAUCGUGAUCUCAAAGCUAGUAACAUCUUGAUAGAUGCAAAAAUGAACCCCAAAAUUUCAGAUUUUGGCAUGGCAAGGUUGUUUGUGCCUGAUCAAACGCAAGGCAAUACUAGUCGGAUUGUUGGGACCUUUGGGUAUAUGGCUCCAGAGUAUGCAAUGCGUGGGCACUUUUCUGUUAAGUCCGAUGUCUACAGUUUUGGUGUGUUAGUUCUAGAGAUAGCCUGGAGAAGUUGGAGGGAAGGGACAGCUUCAAAUCUAAUAGAUCCCACAUUGACGACUGGUUCAAGAAAUGAAAUAAUGAGAUGCAUCCACAUUGGAUUAUUAUGUGUGCAAGAAAAUGUAGCUGAUAGGCCAACCAUGGCUUCUGUUAUUCUCAUGAUGAAUAGCUACUACUUCACUCUCCCAGUGCCCUCCGAACCUGCAUUUUAUUUGCAUAGAAGCAUUGGAUUGGAGAUGUCGUUACGAUCUGAAUAUAAUUCAGGGGCAACAAGAAUAACAUUGCUGAUGAGCUUCCGUUCAACCAUUCCUUUAGCAGCUGUUUUGUUGCUGGUGUUGCCUGAUGAGUCAUCAUGGCUGAGGCAUGGGCUGGUCUUGUUCAUUGUGGGAUGCUUCACUUCCUGGAACAGUCCAGCAGCUAACAAGUACAUAUCCUUGAUCUACUAUGUCCUUUUUUUCAUUGUUAGUAUCUAA